CCAAAAAUGGGAAUAAUGGAAGCCGGCCUUGGUUGGUCAAAAAUAUCCCUAGCCGAAAAGAAUGAGUUUUGGGCCCCAGCCUCCCGUAAGUCUUAGCCGAAGACCCCAACCCGGAAUUAGCCGUUAUGUCAGUCAAGCGUUAAAACGCUUUGCCUUGCGGUGCGCAUAAGAAUCUCCUCCUACACUUGCUCUGCCUUCUGAGCAGUGACCAACAGUGCAAGUGAAUCACAGUUUUUUUUUUUUUUCAAAACAAAAAUUCUUUUGAUGAACAUUGAACACUGUGUUAGCUGAUUCCACCUUCAGAAAUCACACCCAACAACUUCUCUGUUCUUCUUCCUAAAAAAGGAUGGCAGAUUUUGAUUUCUUAUCUGAUACAGAUGAGUCGGCUGUAGAAGAAGUGAUCUCCCAAGCACAAGACCUGUGCGUUCUGGAGCAGCUCUCUGCUAUCAACUGCUCUGCUGUCACCCACUCCGUCCUUCCCUCCGACUUGGACUGCCGAUUCCGCAGACUCAAAUCCCUUCCUGUGCCUGUCAGCUAUACAACUCAUCAAAAUUCAGACAAGGGUUACCUGUCUGAUGCCAACGCCAGGCAUAGCCCAAAUCGGAAUGACCAUUUCAUGCCCAAACACCUACCUUCUUUACCUGCAUCUGUUUCAGAUUCUUUCACCCAAAAUGCAUUCACAUCAAAUUCUCCCUCAUUUGCUUCUCCUUUGCCUCAGGAUUCUUCUCCACCCCAAAAAGCUGGUUGCUUUGGGUGUUCUCCCAAAAGGCUUUUUAAGAAACAGGACAAGGCAUAUAGGGUGCCGGGUACCGCUCUUGAUUCUGAUGAAUUUCUAUCCGAUUUGGCUACUUUUUCAGUCAAACAAGGGCAAAAGAUGCUCAGAAAGGCUCUCAAGGAACAAGACAAGAUUAGCCGGGAGGCAGAAAAGAUAGUCAGUUGGUCAAAGCAGGCAUCUGCAAGGAUGAACUUUCAUGGCAUGGAAGAUGACCUCAGUGACAGUGAUGAUAAGCCCGCAAAAUUAGUAUAGUCCAAUCAUACCCUUGUUUAGGUUUCCGUAGCUAUUCUAAUGAUGUUAUAUUUUUCUGUUGUGUGCUAAUUUCUAUACAAGGUAUUUUGUAAAGUCGUUACUGGUGUUUCAAUAGGCUUAUAUGCUUGUUGGAUGAUGCUGACGGAACUUCAAUUCAUAUCUUGAUAUAGCUUUGAAUGCCUAUUUCCUUGGUAUCCAACUACACCUACUCCUUAAUUUCCAUGUAUCUUGUGUUGUUGUAAGGAAAUGAUUUAUUUUUAUUUUUCAAAUAA